AUGAAUGAUGAGCCGACGUUGGUCGUCGACAAUGGAGCGCACUCGAUCAAGACUUGCUGGGCAAGCUCGAGCGACGAGCCGAGCAUUGUGCCUAAUGGCAUUUUCCAAUCCAAAGCCGACAAGCGGACAUAUGUGGGAGCAGACAUCUCCCAGCUCAAGGACGCUUCCGGUCUAGUCUAUCAUUUGCCGUUUGAACGAGGCAUCCUGACUGAUUGGAACAUCGAAAAGACCGUGUGGGAUCACACGUUCAAUUACCAAGAGCCAAAGAUUGAUCCUGCUGACAUUCGGCUCCUAUUGACCGAACCUGCACUCAACCUGCCUGUCGUCACAGAGAGCAUCGAUCAGAUGGUCUUCGAGGAAUAUGACUUUGCCUCUGCAUGCGUGAUGCCAGCUGCCGCUCUUGCGCCCUUUUUACCCCUGGAUGACAUCCAGCAGCGCACUCCAGAAUGCACAUUGGUGGUCGAUGUCGGCUUCAGCUUCAGUCAGAUCAUACCGAUAUGUCGCGGUCAGGUGCAGGAGGCUGCCGUGCGGAGACUUGAUAUUGGCGGCAAAAUGUUGACGAACUACCUCAAGGAAACUGCCUCCUUCAGGCAUUGGUAUAUGAUGGAUCAGACUGCCGUCGUCAAUGCCGUCAAGGAAGCUUGCUGCUACGUCGCGCCUACCUCUGGGGCUUUCUCGUCAGAUCUCGAGCGAGUCAAGUCGAGCCGCAACGACAUCGUGCAAGAGUACAUCUUGCCAGACUUCACGAGCAAAUCUGCCGAGCAUCCUCUGGGCCAUCUUCGCACUACAGACAUGCCUAUCGCGGACGAACAAAUCUUGCCAAUGGGUAACGAGCGCUUCACUACGCCAGAGAUUCUUUUUCAUCCCAGCAUCAUCGGUAUGGACCAAAUGGGACUGCCAGAAAUCGUCGCAGAUGCGAUCGAGGCAUUGCCGGAGAUGCUCCGCGGACUAUACUGGGGCAAUGUUAUCUGCAUCGGAGGCUCAGCUUGCCUGCCAGGCUUUGUGGGCCGUCUGCAAGUAGAGCUGCGCGAGCUAGCAACGGAAGACUACACGGUCCGCGUCCGUGCAUCGUCGACCCCUAUCACACACGCAGCAAAAGCCGCACGGCACAUCUUGCAGCACCCCGAGCUAGACUAUGACGGCGUGCUCUCGCUCGAGGCCAGCUUCGUUACGAGGGAAGAGUACCAAGAGUAUGGCAGCGAACUCUGUCGGAGAAGGUUCCGUCGGGACGCCAACACAGCCGAUCUGAAAAAGACGGCAGGAGGGGUCAAGCCCAUCAAUCGCCGGCGGAGCAGCGGCAAGCACAGUCGCAGCGCUUCCAACUCGGGCUUGGCACAGGAUGACGAGGAUGAGAGCGGGCCAGAGAAUGAUGACUGGCGCCGACAAGCUGUUGCGACGAUCAUGUCGGGCGCGGCUAAGCCUGGCAAGCCCAAGACAAAAGCGCGCAAUCGCAAAGGCUGGUAGUGUAAAGGCUCAUCUCAGUCUACAGAUUGGCAGACGAUAAGAGCUGGCAACGUCCCAAUAGCGGCGAGUGAUGCCCUUCCAUGUCACUUCGCCUGCAUCCUCGACUGCUACCUCUGUCCAUUCGGUCGACAGUCCAAUAUCCCGAAGCUCAAGCUCGCUGACGGCAGUGUAGACGUCGUAAAGCAGUCGACUCGUCGCUCCUAGACCAUGGAACCACGAGAAGAGCGAGUCCUGGUCUCGCAGGAUAU